ACAAGCUUGUUGGCUUUAAAACCAUGGUUCUGUCUCUGAAAUCAUCAUCUUUUUGCCUUGUUUGGUUACAGCUCUCUCACGGAGACUGAAAUAUGCUUCAGAGGUAGUGACUGAGAAAUUGCUGAUACUCAGCACUUUCAGCUUUGAUGAAUUUGCUCGAUUUACUGAACAGAUUUUGUUCUUUCCUUCAUGUCAACGGCCAGAGAGUAUGAAGUAAAUGACACCUUGUCAUUCAGUUCAGAGCUUUGGGAAUCACACAACAUUUAGCAGCUAAGAUCAUUCCAAGAUUUCCUUCAUGCCUGUGCAUUUCUUACGCUGGAAAACAGCAGAAUGUAUUGCAUCUUUCUGAAGGUAGAAAUUACACAGCUCUGGGAACUAUUAUCUAGUGGUACUAAGUUUUUCACCCCCAAGAACAUAUAAAACAACCUAUAAAUAUGUUUAUGCCGAGCCAAGAGCUUCAUAAUAACACACAAUCUAAAUGCACAACAUCUGUCAAACCCUCUAAACUCAAUCCCACAAAUCCUACUGGGUCUUCCAGCAAACCAAAGCCAGAUGGAUUCAGGAAGGUCUGUUCCACAGGAGAACCAAUCCCAUGUCCAAUCCCAGGACUGGCGUCUGAGGUUCUGGAAAUGCGUGUGAAGGAAGGGAGCAAGAUAAGAAACCUUUUGGGUUUUGCCAUGUCUCGAAUUCAAGGUGACGGACACAGGGCUCCAGCAUCGCAGGUCGUGUUCAGCGGGACGGGCCGGGCGGUCACCAAAACUAUUACCUGUGCGGAGAUAAUGAAACGGAAAGUACAGGGUUUACACCAGCUGUCAAAGCUCCAGUACAGGACAGUGACUGAGGUGUGGGAGAGCCAGGAGAGCAGCCCGGUUCAGAUGACCAAACACAGAACUCUUCCUUCCAUUUGUAUUCUUCUUUCCAAAGAACCGCUGGACCCGCAGGAGCCGGGAUACCAGCCUCCAGCCGAAAUAAACGCUCUCUCAGAGGAAAGCAAAUGGCCAGUUGGGGUACAGGGGGCUGGAAAGCCAGAAAAAAGACCAGCGGGUCCUUGUUCUCAUGAUCUCCCCAGUCUUAAAAGAGCUGCACUGAGACAGGACAAAAUUCCAGCUCUGGAAACAGUGACAAAAUGUUACUAUAAAAGGGAGGAAUUCAUAUAAAUGUUUUUUGUGCUUAUUUAGAACUUGCUUAACUGUUGUAUAAUUUGGGCAUAUCAGGAUGCAAUAGAUGUGAAUGUAUAAUCGGAGUGAUAAAAUGCAUGGUCAAGUGAUAUUAUUAGUAUUACUUCAUAAUAGUCUGUAAAUAAAUGACAAAUAAAUACAAUUAGAU